AUGUCUUCUACUAUUCCUACCAAGACUACUGUCCUCGUUAUCGGUGGCGGACCUGCGGGUUCCUAUGCUGCUAGUGUUCUUUCCCGCCGCCAAAUUGACGUCGUCGUCCUCGAAGCCGCUAAAUUCCCCCGUUACCACAUCGGCGAAUCCUUACUAGCCUCUACAAACUAUUUCCUCGAGUAUAUCGGUGCUCGUGAGAAGGUCCUUACUCACGGGUUCAUACGAAAACCCGGUGGUGCGUUCAAACUCCGUAAGGACUUCCCGGCAGCCUAUACAAAUUUUGUUGACCACAAUACUGGGAAUCAUGCCCUCAAUGUUAAUCGUGCCGAAUACGACGACCUUCUGUUCCGUCAUGCAGGCGAGCAGGGGGCCAAAAUCUUUGAUGAACACAAAGUCACGCAGCUGUAUUUUUCGGAGCAAGAUGCUACUCGUCCUAUCUCAGCCACAUGGGAAUCCAAGGUCAACGGGGCUAAGGGAAUAAUCGAGUUCGACUACCUUAUCGACGCUGCAGGCCGUCAAGGAUUUCUUUCAACCAAAUACCACAAGGAUCGGGAAUUCACGAAGAGUUUGAAGAAUUCCGCUAUCUGGGCGUAUUGGAAGGGUAGUAAAAUGUACGGCGAAGGAACUGAGCGACUGGGAGCACCUUUCAUUGAAGCUCUGCAUGAUAACACCGGCUGGUGUUGGUAUAUCCCUAUAAACGACAAUACUAUAUCGAUAGGCUUUGUUAUACACGAAGAAUACAUCAAGGAAAAGAAAGCCGGCAAGACUCUAGAGGAGUUCUACAUGUCACAGUUUGAUCUUCUCACCGACGCUCCACAAUAUAGAGGUGAAGGAACGAUGGUGCCCAACAAAGAGGGCAAAGGUGGUCCCGUUUACAUGGCGAGCGACUACAGCUAUACUGCCGAAGACAUUGGCCGCAUUAAUUACAGAGUGGUCGGCGAUUCAGCAGCCUUCAUCGACCCCUUUUUCUCUUCAGGCGUUCACCUUGCCUUUGUCGGCAGUCUCGCUGCUGCAAUUAGUAUUAUAGCUGUGAUUGACGGGAAAGCCGAUGAGGAGUCUGCGGCCGCCUUCCACACCGCUGAGCUUAAGGUAGCAUAUACCAGAUUUUUCAUGGUUGUUAUGGCUGGUUACAAGCAGAUGCGAGGCGGCCUCAAGGCUGACGUCUUGAAUGACCUCAACGAGAAGACCUUUGAUAGGGCCUUCGAUAUCAUCCGACCUGUCAUCCAGGGAACAGCAGAUAUUGGUGUUGACAAUUCGAGUACAGGCACCGUGGAAAUGAGUGAGAAAGAGGUCCGAAACACGAUGGAUUUCGUCUUCCGACUGUUCUCCCAUCCUUCUCCUGGAGCAAAGGUUAUAGAGCACGAGGACGAUGGACUUCAUGGAAACGUGGAUGACUUAGAUAGGGAUGCUCGGGCCCGACUGAAGACGUUCUCCCAGUAUGUGCCUCACAUUAUGGGUCAUGACGGGGUCAUGCACAUAUUGGAAGCAGCACAAGAGAAAAUGAGGCUUUCAGUGAAUGGUAGUACUGCCACCAAACUGAAGCCUGUGGCUAUCAAUGCCUGA